CGCGUCGUUAACGAGUCAGUCAGCCAGUUGACUGCAUCAAGCCUUGACCUUUUAUUUUUUUUCCCACACAAUGUUUUCAAUGUUUUAUUUGAAAAACAUGCGCGAUUUAACAUGUUUGUUAGCAGUACUUUAUACUUUACGGCUGUCGAUGGCUACAGACGGCCCUUUAAUGGAGAGGUUUUUCAAGCGGGACUAUUCUCUUGUACAGCCUUAUAAUGGCUUCUCAAGCUAUUCAUCGUGGGAUCUGAAGGGUACUGCUUUAGUAACAGCUGAAUAUGUGAGGCUCACCCCGGACCAGCCGCACAGACAGGGAGCUAUCUGGAGUCAAAAUCCUUUACUGUUAUACGACUGGGAGCUCAAGGUCCACUUUAAAAUCCACGGGCGGGGAAAGACGUAUAUGGCUGGAGAUGGUUUUGCCAUUUGGUUAACCAAAGAGCGCAUGGAGGAUGGGCAUGUUUUUGGCAGCAGAAACAAUUUCACUGGUCUCGGAGUAUUUGUGGACACGUUUCCCAAUUAUAAAUAUGGAUGGAUGGAUGAUUGGGAUUACCCUCGUGUGUCAGUGAUGUUGGGGAACGGGAUCCUGUCUUAUGACCACGAUAGUGACGGACGAUCCACUGAGCUCGGAAGCUGCUCGGCUAAGGUUCGCAAUUCAAGAGAUGGCGCAUUUAUCCUCAUUAGAUACACCCAAAACAGAUUGAAGAUCAUGACAGCUAUGAGAGCUGUUGGUGGUGGUGAUUGGAUUUGGGAAGACUGCACCAACAUUGCAGGUGUUCAUUUACCUGCUGGCAAUUACCUUGGGGCUUCCGCUGCUACCGGUGAACUCUCAGAUUACCAUGACAUUAUCUCCAUGAAGUUGUAUGAGCUGACAGUUGACGGCGGCCCAAAGGAGAAUCUACACACCCAGAGGAGUGACGACAAGAGCGAAUUACAAGGUAGAAGAAACAGGCUUCUAUUACCCAAGAUGACUUCAAAGAGAAGCACAUAAGUGGAAUCCAACUCUUGACCUUGUUCUUCAUCAUCCUGGGCCUGUGUGCACUCGUAGCGGGUGGGUCAAAAUUAUACAGGCGCUGGGAGGAAAAGAAACGCAAACGGUUCUAUUGAUGGAAAAUAAAUCCAAUGGAUUGAUGGAGCCCACAAUACAAAAGUCAUACAAGACCGUACAAGCUAAUGACCACCAUCACUAAUAAUGGGCAACGGUAAAAUUAAAAUCUGAAAUGAGACAAGGCUGUUGCUCUUGUAGAUUACCUAAAAAGCACUGGUCUGUUCCAAAUACAUUGUAAGAGGUUGAUUUGUACGUACCUGCUUUCAGAAUCUCCACCUGCCGAAAUGCACAAGGCAGUCCAAACCUACCCUUGAAUCAGAAUCUGUGAUACCGUGUAGCAUGAUUUUAUUUUACAUUCUGCUUACUACCGCUAACCACCAGGUGCCGCCAGCAUCAAACCUUUGUAACAUUGAACACCAUUACUGCAAGGAAAUCAUGACAGUUCUUGAGAUCCUGAUUCACUGACUGUUUUUGCAUUCAAUGAUGAGUGACUUGAGUUUAGCUCAAACUAAAUGUAAUUUAUUCACAAAUCCAAUAUGUUUGGGAAUCACCCACAAUCUUAUUCAAAAGAGAGUUUUCGUUUGCGCCCACCAGCUUCUCACUAAAGCUUUACCCAUUAUUUCUUGUUGGUUUCAUAUCAUCAUAGUCUUAUGUCGUCGCAAUCAACUGUGAAUUUCUGCUACACUUUUAUUUUAAUUUUUAGUUUUAGUUUUUUUUCUAUGUUGUAGCGCUAAUUACUUUGAAAACAGAAUACUGUUGAAUUUCUAAUUUUUACUUGAAGUCGUAAAAGCUUUUUGAGGCAGCCAUAUAUGUAUUCUGAAUGCACAUUACCCUUUUGCUGUGGUAUAGGGGCAUAUGAUUCAACCAACACGCUGGAAUAAAUAUACAGUAAUUGUAGCAAUUGCACCAAUUCACUAAUCAAUAAUCCUUAAAAGUCAUUCCAUCGCGAUACAUUUGUUUGUAAAAACUACCAGUGAAUUUUCGUGUGUGGUGUGAUACUUUUGAACUGCAGAGUUCUGGCUCUGGAUGGACGUAUUUUCCACCAGAUGCAGCCCUCUGCUGGUCAACAAUGAAAAGCAACAUCACUGAGUUCUGUACACACGUGCGUCUAAGUAUUUUGGAAUAAAUGUUCUUUUAAUGAAA